AUGUCGCAGAUAGAGGACCCAGAAACGAACGGCUUGCGAAGCACCUUUGCCUCUUACAUGGCGGAGGGCGAGCGGCUUUAUCUCUGCGGGGAGUUCUCUAAAGCUGCCCGUAGUUUCAGCAACGCUCUUUACCUUCAGAAUGGAGACAAGAACUGCCUGGUUGCCCGCUCCAAGUGCUUCCUGAAGAUGGGAGAGUUGGAGAAGUCCCUGAAGGAUGCCGAGUCUUCGCUCCAGGGGGACCCGACUUUCUGCAAGGGGAUUUUACAAAAGGCUGAGACCCUGUACACCAUGGGAGACUUUGAGUUUGCCUUGGUGUUCUAUCACCGAGGCUACAAGCUGUGGCCUGAUCGGGAAUUCAAAGUGGGAAUUCAGAAAGCCCAGGAAGCCAUCAACAACUCAGUGGGCAGUCCUUCUUCCAUUAAGCUGGAGAACAAAGGAGACCUCUCCUUCUUGAGCAAGCAGGCCGAGAGUAUGAAAGCCCUGCAGAAGCCGCACCUGGUGAGACACCUCCUACACCCGCCUAUGAGAGAGUCCAAGCGGAAGGGCUCCCUCAAGAGCAAGAAGACUGUCCGCCAGCUCCUGGGCGAGCUCUACGUGGACAAGGAGUAUCUGGAAAAGCUCCUACUGGACGAAGACCUGAUCAAAGGCACCGUCAAGCGCGGCCUGACCGUGGAGGACCUCAUCAUGACCGGCAUCAACUACCUGGACUCCCGCAGCGACUUCUGGAGGCAGCAGAAGCCCAUCUACGCCAGGGAGCGCGACCGGAAGCUGAUGCAGGAGAAGUGGCUGCGGAACCGCAAGCGCAGCCCCUCACAGACAGCCCAUUACAUCCUCAAGAGCCUGGAGGACAUUGACAUGCUGCUGACCAGCGGCAGUGCUGAGGGCAGCCUCCAGAAGGCGGAGAAAGUGCUGAAGAAGGUGCUGGACUGGAACAAAGAAGAGGUGCCCAACAAGGACGAGCUGGUUGGAAACCUGUACAGCUGCAUAGGGAACGCCCAGAUCGAGUUGGGGCAAAUGGUGGCGGCCCUGCAGAGCCACAGGAAAGACCUGGAGAUCGCCAAGGAAUACGACCUUCCUGAUGCCAAGUCGCGAGCGCUGGACAACAUCGGCAGGGUUUUCGCCCGAGUUGGGAAAUUCCAGCAAGCCAUUGACACGUGGGAGGAGAAGAUCCCUCUGGCGAAGACCGCUCUGGAGAAGACCUGGCUGUUCCAUGAGAUUGGCCGCUGCUACCUGGAGCUGGACCAGGCCUGGCAGGCCCAGAAUUACGGCGAGAAGUCCCAGCAGUGCGCGGAGGAAGAGGGGGACAUUGAGUGGCAGCUGAAUGCCAGUGUUCUGGUGGCCCAGGCACAAGUGAAGCUGAGAGACUUCGAGGCGGCCGUGAACAACUUCGAGAAGGCGCUGGAGAGAGCGAAGCUUCUCCACAACAACGAGGCACAGCAGGCCAUCAUCAGCGCUUUGGACGAUGCCAACAAGGGCAUCAUCGACGAGCUGAAGAAAACGAACUACCGGGAUUUGUUCAAAGAAAAGAGAGAGAAAGCAGAGGCUGCAGCAUUGGAUUACACGUCAGUGAUGGCGAAGGAGAAGGAAGGAAUGAAAAAAAGGAGGGACGAGCCCGAGAAGGUGAUGAAGCAGUGGGACAGAGACCAAGCUGAAAGCGAGAAAGACACAGAGGACGAGUCGCCCUACGAAGACACUCUGAUGGCAGUGAGAAAGCAGGAGGACGACAGGCAGAGAGAGGUCGAGAGGACCAGCUCCUUAAGGGGAAGAGAACCGGGAUCCAUGGGGACAGAUUCGGGGGAGCUGGCCAAGAGACUGUCCGGAGAACUAGGUGUGGGACCGGGAGAAGCAGGCAGGAGGGUGUCAGAAGCGAACAGGAGUGACUCAAGAGAAGUUUACAGGAGGACUUCCAACCUGGAUCAAAAACUCGAAGAAGACUUCAUCAAAAGGGAAUUGGAAGGACAAGAGGAGAGUCUUUCGGAAGCCAGCAGAAGAGAGUCGGAAGAGCAAGGGAAAACAGAAUUGGGAGAAACGAAAACAGAAAAUGAUGAAAACACGGGAAAAGAUGAAAAGGAAGAUGAAUAAGGCAGUUUUCCGUAGGCAUCAGAAUCGGGAGGCUGGUGUUCGCAGGCACCACGGGGAUCUUAGGAAACUGCUUUCAAAUGGAGAUUUUUUUAAUGGGGGAAAAAAAUGUGGCCUGGGCCCUACAGGUCACUUCUGCCUCUUUCUGAUACUGUUUUCCCUUUAAAUAUAUAUCUUUCACUCUUAUGAACGCUGAGUCUAUCAUUUUGCCCCCUCACCCCGCCCACUCUCAGCACAGCCUUAGAGGAGGAAUGGCUUAGCGUGGCGUGCCACUUCCCAGGCAGAACUCUGACUUCGCCCUGACUGGCUGAGC